UUAUAUUUUCUUUCCAAGUAAAAUUCUGAUAUUCUGGUGAAAAUCAUGUCUGAACCCAUGCAAACCCAUUGCGGCACUUCAAUGCCCGUUGCGGACGCUAUCGAGGGCUGCUUGGAGUCUACCGAGUCUGAACCCAUACAAACCCAUUGCGGAACUUCAAUGCCCGUUACGGACGCUAUCGAGGGCUGCUUGGAGUCUAGACUUGAAAGACUGGUAGAAUCAGAUUCCAAGUCCUUGUUGAAGAAGUUCUUUACCAGGGAAAUAUUCGACAAACUGAAGAUGAAGACUACUAAAUACGGGGCCACGCUGCAAGAUUGCAUUGAUCCUGGUGUAAACAAUCUUGAAUUGAAAAUUGGACUCAGCGCAGUCGACCCUGACUGCUACAGAGUGUAUGCAGACCUUUUUGGUCCUAUUAUAGAAGCAUACCACAAAGUUGCAAGAGAUACUCGGCAACCAGGCAUCGGAAAAUGGGGCCGCAUCCCUAUAUUUCAAAAUGUGGACCCCCUAGGAAAAUAUGUGGUGUCCACAGGAGUCACAUGCUUCAGGAACCUGAAAGGGCAUUCAUUUAGUCCUUUUAUGACUGAGAGAAGCUAUGAUGAAAUGGCAACUAAAGUGUGGAUUGGUUCAAGACGAUUUUCUGGAGACUUGGCGGGGACUUAUUAUUCAUUGCUAGAUAUACCAGAAAAUUGCCGACGUGCAUUCAUCACUGCAAAUUACUUCAAGGAUGGCAAACGUUUUAUAGGAGCCGAAGACCCUAGCCGCCAUUGGCCAGUUGGUAGAGGCGUUUACAAGAAUCAUUUAGAAACCUUUUGGAUGUAUGUUGGUGAGGAAGAUCAUGUCACUAUAAUUAGCAAGCAACGAGGAGGAAAUGACAAGCAAUUCGCCCAUAUUUCCAUGUCAGAAUACCCAAACAUGCCUAAAUUGGUAGAGCUGGCUGCCAAGUAUAAUAUGGGGGUGAAAGAAAUUACAGAAGAGGACAUGCAAGGUGUUUAUGAGCUAAAUAAUGCAAAACGUUUUGGCUGUAAGGGUAAUGACGCGUGGCAUCAUGAAAAUUAUUGA